AUGGCCCCCUCAAAAACACCCAGUCCAGCUCCCCCAUCUGCUUCAACAGCAACAGCAACGCCAAACGCCGACUAUACAAACCCGUCCUUUGACCCCGUCGACUUCCUCAAUGACUCCCUCCCGCCGCUGACACUCCAGUCCUCCCAAUCGCAAUCUCAAUACAAUCCCCGCGCCAUCAACCUCACCGACCUCUCCACCCGCGUCCAAUCCAUCCUCUCACAAACCAACGCCCAAAACAUCCGACACUCAACAACACUUACAUCUCUAACCGAUGAGAUCCUCCGCAGCGGCAACCGACUCGCGUACGAAGUCGAGGUUCUCCGCGGCGAGGCGAUAACGCUCUCAGAUCUUGUGACGGAGGGGCUGGCAGAGGAAAUGGCGAGAUUCACUACGGCCGCGACAUCUACAACUACGGAGACGCCCGAAGGCGAAAAAGAACCCCCGGACGGAGAGGAGCGGGAGGAAAAGAAGAUCGAACCGGAGUACAUCACCAACCUCCGCACCCUAAACCAGGUUCGCGCGCGCCUGGAAGAAGUCGUGCAUACCUUCGGCGACGCAAUGGAGUGGCCGCUCCCGCCGUCCGAGACCUCGAUAACGUCCUCAUUCAUCUCUGUUUCUGCGCCGGACGCGGGACCUGAUAGUCAUAGUCGCGAGGAGAAGGGGCAGGAGGUUGCGAAGAAGUUACGUGGCGAGGUCAAUGAGCUUUUGGAGGGCGAUGGUGGGAUUGAAGCUGCGGCGCGCAGGGUCGAGGCUUUACGGACGCUGGCCUUGCUGUGGAAGGGGACAGCGGAGGAAAAGGCGCGAGGGAGGUUUGUGGAGGAGCUGGCGAAGAUUGUCGAGGAUAAGAGGAGGGCUGUUGAGGCGCCGGCUCAGAGCCAGCAGGCCGCAUAUUCUGGGUCGAGAGGGCAUCAGAGGCAGGAGAGCGAGGGGCCUGCGGGUGGGAUUUUCCGCAACCUGCAGCGGCUACGAGAGGAGAUUUAUCUGGAGUAA